AUGUGGUCGACGCUAGUACUACCACUAAUUGCGCUUUCCUCGCUCACAGUAUCAGCUCUUCCUCAAGGUCGUCGAUGCAACUGUGAAGAGCAUCCAGUAUGCAUUAUUGGUGCAGGUCCCGCUGGUCUGGCUGCUGCCGGUCGGUUAGAAGAGAAGGGCGUCAAGGCAGUCAUGUUCGACCGUCAAGCAGAAGUUGGUGGUAAAUGCCAGGCUUGGUACGAUGACCAAGGCAUAUUCCACCCACUCGGAGCAGCCUUCUUCUCCAACGCGACGUACACAGACACCAUCAGCAUCCUCAACCAGACCAAUGUCUCCAUUGAGCCUUUUGCGCUUGCCGGUGCGCGCGAAAUGUACCGCUACGACUACACCACUGGCGACAUCGCCAUGAACCCCGCCCUGACCCCGCAAUUCACUGCGCAAGUAUCCGCAGAAAUUCCGAGGUACAUUCAGCUGUGGAAUCAGCGCUUCCGACCGAUUAGUGUUGUAAACUACAAGAAUGGUGUACCAGACGAGUUUACCGUAUCGGGCGCAGAAUGGUUCCGCCAGAACAACUUCACAGCACUGCCUAUUCUGCUCGUCAACCCGGUUGCGCUUUACGGUUAUGGCGAUAUCAACAUUGUCCCGGCACUGUACAUCUUGCAGUACUUCACCCCGGAUAUCCUCACGGCCUUUGUCGGCCUACACAGCGUGUACUACAUGGAUUUCCACAAGAUGUUCGUCGAGUAUGCCAAGAAUCAGUUGUGCAAGACGCCCAUUCACACCUCUUCCGAGGUCCGCUGCGUUGACCGGUCCGGCGACCACCCUAUCGUGACGUACACUACACCCGCACCCAAUGGCAGCUAUGUCACCUGGGAGAAGCAAGAGUGUUCCUCGGUCAUCUUCGCAUUUCCGCCAAGCAUGGAGAACUUGGAGCGCAUUGGCGUAGAUUUGACGGAGCAGGAGCAUGACACGUUCAACAACAUCACGACCCAUCAGUAUUACUCUUCCGCCGUAGAGCUAGAGCUUCCUUUUGGUGUCUCGUACAUUGCUAACAGCUCGAAUGAGACGGUCCCGCCGCCAAAUGAUGGCGAGCCAGUAGCCGUUCUCCACCUGAGUCAAGAAUCGAACGUCUCCGUCGCCUGGUCCUGGGGUUCGUACGAAUUCCAAACCGAGGACGCAGCACGGGAUCUGCUUGUUGAGAGCUUAUCGCUGAUCAACAAGGACCCACGCAAUGCCACAGAGCCAUCCCAGCCCUUCUGCCAAGACGACGUCAAGGCUUUCAAGAAGUGGGAUUACUUCCCCCACUUUGAAGGCGAUGCGCUUUCCAGCGGCGCCUACAGCAAGCUCAACAAGCUCCAGGGCCAGAAGAAGACGUACUACGCCAGUGGACUCAGCGGCAUGGAAAUUGUCGAAUGGGCUAUUCGCGGCGGACGUGACAUUGUCGACACUUACUUCUAG